UCGUUAUCAUUACCUUCCAAUUAUUGGAAGAUAUCUUAGCCAGGCCCGCAACAAUAUAUAGCAACUUUCCCUGCGUUUCUGAAGCAAAUUGGAGAGAAGGCUGAGACUAAAUUCUGCUAAAACUGAAAUGGUGGAGCGAGAGCAAGGUGACAAGAUGAAUAUGCUGAUAUUCAAGUCCCUUCUGAUUUCUUUGUUGCUGGUUUUCUGUAGCAGACACACCGUAGCAGAAAAGAAAACCAAUCACCACUCUAAAAGCACAUACAUAAUUCACAUGGACAAGUUCAACAUGCCAUCAAGCUUCAAUGACCAUCUCCUGUGGUAUGAUUCGUCGCUGAAAUCAGUGUCAGACUCAGCAGAGAUGCUCUACACAUACCAACAUGUAGCUCAUGGCUUCUCCACAAGGCUAACUAGCCAAGAAGCAGAGUUACUCUCAAAGCAACCGGGAAUUCUCUCCGUCAUCCCUGAAGUUAGAUACGAUCUUCACACAACUCGAACACCAGAGUUUCUGGGGUUGGGGAACGCCAUCACUUUUUCACUGCCCGUUGGAAUCCGAACCGAUGUGGUUGUUGGAGUGCUAGACACUGGUGUGUGGGCUGAGCUAAGAAGCUUCGAUGACAAGGGUCUUGGGCCAGUUCCAAGUAGCUGGAAAGGUGAGUGUGAGAGAGGUAAGAACUUCAACCCAUCAAACUGCAACAAGAAGCUGAUUGGUGCAAGGUUUUUCGCAAAGGGCUAUGAGGCGGCGUUUGGACCCAUCAAUGAAAGUACAGAAUCAAAGUCACCAAGGGAUGAUGAUGGCCAUGGAACUCACACCUCAACAACAGCAGCAGGUUCUGUAGUUGCAGGAGCUAGCCUCUUCGGCUUUGCUAAUGGGACGGCAAGAGGCAUGGCCCCACAAGCCAGAGUUGCUACAUACAAAGUGUGUUGGCUUGGAGGGUGCUUUUCAUCAGACAUAGCUGCUGGCAUUGACAAGGCCAUUGCAGAUGGUGUCAACAUCCUUUCCAUGUCAAUUGGGGGAGGUUUGACGGACUACUAUAGAGACACUAUUGCGAUUGGAACCUUUGCUGCCACUGCCCACGGAAUACUGGUUUCCACUUCAGCAGGAAAUGGUGGGCCUAGUGAAGCAUCUUUGUCUAAUGUGGCACCAUGGUUAACCACAGUUGGUGCUGGAACUAUAGACCGUGACUUCCCUGCCUAUGUCACCCUGGGGAAUGGUAAGGCUUACACUGGGGUGUCCCUUUACAAUGGCAAACUCCCACCUAAGACUCCAAUUCCAAUUGUGUAUGCCGGUAAUGUGAGUGGAGAUUCAGAAGGAAGUCAGUGCAGCAAAGGUAGUUUGAUUGCUGCAAAAGUAGCAGGAAAAAUCGUGAUUUGUGACAGAGGAGGGAAUCCAAGGGUGGAAAAGGGUGUGGUGGUGAAGAGUGCUGGAGGCAUUGGGAUGAUACUAGCAAACAAUGAAGAUUACGGGGAAGAGUUAGUAGCUGACUCUUAUCUCCUUCCGGCAUUAGCUUUGGGCCAGAAAUCCAGCAUUGAGUUAAAGAAGUAUGUUUUCUCAUCUUCCAAUCCCACAGCUAAACUUUCGUUUGGUGGCACCCAGUUAGGGGUUCAACCAUCCCCAGUGGUGGCAGCUUUCAGCUCAAGAGGGCCAAAUUUGCUGACACCAAAGGUGCUCAAACCAGACCUGAUAGCUCCAGGAGUUAACAUCCUAGCUGGGUGGAGUGGUGCAGUUGGACCAACUGGUAUGACUGAAGACACAAGGCAUGUGGAAUUCAACAUAAUCUCAGGCACAUCCAUGUCCUGCCCCCAUGUCAGUGGGUUAGCUGCCCUUCUUAAGGGCACUCACCCAGAAUGGAGCCCUGCAGCUAUAAGGUCUGCCCUCAUGACCACAUCUUACAGAACCUACAAAAAUGGGCAAACCUUAAAAGAUGUUGACAAUGGCCUCCCAGCUACACCGUUUGAUUUUGGUGCUGGACAUGUAGAUCCAGUGGCUGCUUUUGAUCCUGGCCUUGUCUAUGAUGCCACCGUGGAUGACUACUUGAGCUUCUUCUGUGCCCUGCAGUACAGUUCCUCUCAGAUAAAGCUUGUUGCAAGGAGAGAUUUUACUUGCAGCAAAAGGAAGAAGUACAGAGUGGAAGAUCUCAACUACCCAUCUUUUGCUGUUCCUUUUAACACGGCUUUUGGAGUAAAGGGUGGUUCUCAGAAACCAACCACUGUUCAGUACACAAGGACUUUAACAAACGUGGGUGCCCCAGCAACGUAUACAGUUUCAGUGACACAGUCUCCCUCGGUGAAGAUUGUGGUUCAACCACAAACACUCAGUUUCCGUGAACUCAAUGAGAAGAAGAGCUACACAGUUACGUUCACGUCUUCUUCAGAGCCUUCUGGGACAACCAGUUUUGCUUAUCUAGAAUGGUCUGAUGGGAAACACAAGGUUUCUAGUCCCAUUGCUUUCAGCUGGACUUGACUCUCAUUUUUAAAGGCCCUGACUCUGAAUUACCUGUUGCAAACGCGGCUGAGUUCAAGAAUAAUAGUUUAUCUAUGUUUUAUUCUGCUUUUGGUCCAGCAAAGGGGUAUUAUGUGUCUCUUGCUGUUCUCUGAAAAUUAUAAAAGAAUGAUUGUACAGUAAAGAAACAGGGUAAUGGACUAAUGGCGUUUCUGAAUGAAUGAAUAAUGCUACUGAAUGGUAAUUCGUAUUUACUCA